UCCAUUUCACUGUCGAAACGAUACUGGAGCACUUUUUUUGCACACUCCUAAAGGAAAAUCCCAAAUAACGAGCACCUAGCGACUUUGUUUAAGUGCAAUAGAGGAACUGUACGAGACAGUUUGCCCGUACGCGGUGCGUUGCGGAGGGAUUUAGAUAGAAAACCCCAGUGUUGUGCAGUUGCAUUCCCUACCACUUCACUUGCGCUGGAUACGGGGAGGCUUUUACUUUUUUCAUCCAGGUUUCUGUCUCAAAACAACCGUAUUCUCGUCUAAAUCAGCUGAAGAACCUGACGGGGCGGAAGCCAUCGUCCCACAGAACAUACUAAAGGCCUGGGGAAGUCAUUAACCACCACACACUACAGGACACUGAUCUUGUCCGGUCCAGUCCAUUCGUCAGUCCCAGGGCCAGCACAGGGGGGUCGCUCCGGAGGCCAGAGCCCAUCCGGACCGGGACCCUGUGAUGUCGCACUGACUGACCCCCCCUAUCUGCGAAUGACCAGCAAGCAUCUGAGGGUGGGGCCCGCCUCAGUCUCGCAUGAUUGGCUGCUGGAUGGAAUUAAGGUGAAUGGAACACAUGCCCAAGGAGCAGGACCCUAACCUAUCAGAGGGAGAAGAGAAACUGUGGAUCGAUGGCCCGAAAAGGAAAAGAAAGAACAGUUCAUGCUCGGUGAAGAGCAUGUCUGAAAUGAAUGGAUACGGACAGACUGGGUCAGAGAGUACAGGGUACAUCCCCAGCUACCUGGAGAAGGAUGAACCGUGUGUGGUGUGUGGAGACAAGGCCACUGGCUACCACUACCGCUGCAUCACCUGUGAGGGCUGCAAGGGUUUCUUUCGGCGGACAAUUCAGAAGAACCUCCACCCCGCCUACUCCUGUAAGUACGAUGGCUGCUGCAUCAUCGACAAGAUCACCCGCAACCAGUGCCAGCUGUGCCGCUUCAAGAAGUGCAUCGCAGUGGGCAUGGCCAUGGACCUCGUCCUGGACGACUCUAAGCGGGUGGCCAAGCGGCGUCUGAUCGAGGAGAACCGGGAGAAGAGGAAGAAGGAGGAGAUGGUGAAGACUCUGCAGAACCGGCCGGAGCCCACCGGCUCAGAGUGGGAGCUGAUCCGCAUGCUGACCGAGGCCCACCGUCACACCAACGCACAGGGCUCCCACUGGAAACAGAAACGCAAGUUCCUGCCGGAGGACAUAGGUCAGUCUCCCGUGGCCCCCACGUCGGACGGAGACAAGGUGGACCUGGAGGCCUUCAGUGAGUUCACCAAGAUUAUCACCCCCGCCAUCACCCGCGUCGUCGACUUUGCCAAAAAACUUCCCAUGUUCUCGGGGCUGCCUUGUGAGGACCAGAUCAUCCUAUUAAAAGGCUGCUGUAUGGAGAUCAUGUCGCUACGCGCCGCCGUGCGUUACGACGCAGAGAGCGAGACGCUGACCCUGAGCGGCGAGAUGGCGGUCAAGCGGGAGCAGCUGAAGAACGGCGGCUUGGGCGUGGUGUCGGACGCCAUCUUCGACCUGGGCAAGAGCCUGGCGCAGUUCAAUCUGGACGACACGGAGGUGGCGCUGCUGCAGGCUGUGCUGCUCAUGAGCUCAGACCGCUCGGGCCUCACGAGCAGUGACAAGAUCGAGAAGUGCCAGGAGACCUACCUGCUGGCGUUUGAACACUACAUCAACUACCGCAAACACAACAUUCCCCACUUCUGGCCCAAGCUGCUGAUGAAGGUGACGGACCUGCGUAUGAUCGGGGCGUGCCACGCCAGCCGCUUCCUCCACAUGAAGGUGGAGUGCCCAACUGAACUUUUCCCCCCGCUCUUCCUGGAGGUCUUCGAGGACCAGGAAGUGUGAGUGGCGCCCCCCCUGCUGCCGAAUAGUAGUGGGGCGACUUGGGAAAGGAAUGGCAGUUUUUCUGGAGCGGGGAAGGGUUUUGGCAGGACUUGUGUUUCUCCGACAUUUACGUGGUAAACAACAAACAACAGGCAACAACCACACACCAGCAGCAGGAGUCAAACAAACAAUGAUUUUUGCUUUUAACCAACCACCUCUUCAUACCCGUUUUGGGGAAUCAGUUUGGCGGCCCUCCCUGUCUGAGCAGUCUUAUCCAGUGGGAGUUGCAUCCCUUUGCCAAGGAACGCGCACACACACACACACUCUGGGUCCCUUCCCAGAUCCCUAUUGGAGGCACCUCAUUUGUCACUCGCCACUAGAUGGUGGUCCUCACAGCUUUGCACCUGUUUGACAUGAUAGCAACCAUGUUUUAAACUGGUCCGCUAAUUUCAGUCUCAGAAUUAGUGUAAAACAAUAAUUCAGGAGACGCUGUCACACACAAACAGAGGUCCUGAGCGUGUGCCGUAUAGCGUCUACCGUAGAGCAAAGCGACCAGUACCUACUAUCACCUCCCAAUGCAACUGAGCCAUGAACGUGAUCAUGUUUGAAACAAGUCAGGUGCUAUAUUUAUAAGUCUCCUUUAUUUGUCUGAAAUGUGUAAAACUACAGACCAUGGCUCCGUAUCUACCUUCAGUUCUGUCAUUAGGCCGGUUCCUGUGACACACACACACACACACACACACACACACACUGGGCAGACGUGCCUUGUCAUUGCCUGUGCUGCUGGUGCCCUCUUAUGAAUGACAAUUGAGCCCUUCUCUCUCCAAGGAAAGUCAUCGCAGUGAAGGAAAGAGGGGAAGAUGGAAGGGGGCCCACUGACAGGAGAGUUCUCAGAGGAGUAAGAGUGAAAGAGAAGAGGGGAGGAAUAGGAUGAGAGAGAGAGAGUUAAAUCGCUGGCAAGUAGAUUCAGUGGCUGGAGACUGAACAGUAUCCAUAUAGACCCCUGUCUGAAUAGCAGUGAACAAGGCAGGCAACUCAUGUCUCUCACACACACACACACACACACACACACAUCCUCACCUCAGAAACUCAAAUGCCAUGUUUACUGUGCACAUUGCAGUGAUGUAGCCCUGACCUGCAGGGUAAAUUAGUCCAAGUCUGCGCCUGUGUGACUCAGCUCAGUAUGGCCCCUCCAAGCUUCCAUACUCAGUUGUUAGUGUAGCGGUCACUGAGAAAGGGCAAGGUCAAUGACGUCUGCCAUUUACCUCAAAGUGGGCACACCUUCAAGGCUGGGGCGCCGCCAUUGCUCCUGUGCCAACAGGCUCUACCUCACCUCUGGACACAGGGCAGCAGUCUCCAGCCUCCUCACCCACCCAUCUACCCACACACACACACACACACACACACACACACACACACACACACACUCAUAAGGAUACUCAACAAACACACAUAGGUGCAUGUGCCUGGGUGGAAACUCAUAGGCACACAUACAUUAAGACGAAUCCGUCAAACACACAAUCUCAGUACUACCACUCAGUUGAAAUGAAAUACCACUGAAGACAGGAGGGCCUGCCCUUCCCUAUGGGGAUCUCAUUGGUUUCACUGAUUUCGCUCCUCUUUUUCGGGGAACGGUAACCAUUACGUUCGGCUUUUCUCUUUUUUUUUGUUAUGCGGGACCAAGUGUCACUAUUCGAAUUUGGAGUCCCUUAUUUUUUUCCUUCAGUUGAAACAGAAGCCAAUCAAUCAGACGACGGAGGAAAUUGCAUGUACAGUCCGGCCGUCGCUCUGGAAGAGGAUUGGCCGGAGGAGCGAUACACCGCGAGCGAGCGGAGAACCACGAGGUGACCAGGCCGUAGACGGGGCGGGUUUAGCACUGUUGAGGGGGGAAAAAAGUUCAAAGAGACAACCGAUUUUGAUUGAACGCUAAGCAGUAGCUUGUGAACGACUGAACGAGGUGGCGGGAGGGAUGAACGGAUGGAUGCGUUUCAGCAUUCCCGGGAGCAUGUGGAGGAAUGCGUGAGGACAUGGAGCCGAGCGGUGAGUGGGAUCAGGAUGGCGGGUACUCAUAGCAGAAGGCCAAGCCUAACUGCAGCAACCUCAACCGCCGUAGUUGGAAUCAACCCGAAAUCGACUGUUACCGGACUUCAGAGCACUCUAGUGGAGCAGCCAGAGCCCCCUCACACUACUGCAGUAGUCCCAACCCCUCUCUCCACCCUCAUCAGCAACUAUACAACCCCUACUCCUCAAACCUAGCCCCAAGUCAUUUGUCAGGCAUGCCCCCUCCUCUGAAAGUCCUGGCCUACUCUGUAUAACAUAGGCCACUGGGACAGGGCUCCCAACCAACCGUGUCACAUUUUCAGUAUUAAACCAACAGCCCUCCUCCCCAACCCUCAUCCACUCUGGGCUGGAGACGUCCCUGGGUGAGGGAGGGAUGGUCCGGGGUCUGUUUGUCACUCAUACACUCUCCUCUCAGCAUUGGUCUCCAAGUCUACCCAGAUCCAGCCCCAGUACAUACUCCUUCCCCUGCCCAACCACCCAUUCACCCAACUCAAUGUUAGAAGGCCAACGGUAGGUCUGAAAAAUGUACACCCAAACUGAAUCCAUGCCUCUCCCUUGUGAGACAAGGCUGGCCAUAACCGCUCACUUAGAGCGGCGUUACCGAAUGAAUGUGAACGCAAAGCAGCAGUGGGAGCGAGUGAACGAGAGAGUGUAAGGGAGUGGGACAGAAAGAAGGUGGGGGCAUCAGCCCUUCCUUCCGUCCUUCGUAUGGCGUGGGUUCGAGGGGGAUCGUCGCCCGUUGUCAAAGCACCGUUAUGAACUCAGAGGACGGGGAGAUGAUCAGGUGGUCUCCCCCUUAACGCCCUCAUUGAGACAUGAGUCCCCACCUUCGGCUCUCCGUAAAGGAGAGACACCAACUUUCACAUGGAGACGAUCGGCAACAGAAACAGAACCACCAUUCAAUGGAUGCGGGUAUGAAACUCCAAGCUUCGUUGACAAAGAACCAGUGUAAAUGACAGAAAAAAAGGUCCUUAGUUCUUGUGAGCCUAUUGGGUGUGUGUGUGAAAUGGUUGGUUGAAAUGCUGCUUUUACCUUCGGAGUUGAAUUUCUAUUGAGAAAGAAAUAUAUGAUGAUAAUGAUUAUGAACCCAGAAAAGUGAAAUGAGACAAAUGUGACUUUAAAAAGACUCCUGAACAAAAGUUAAACGCUUGGAGAUCUUUUUCCCGUCAUUUUAUCUCAAUUUUUUUUUUUUGAUGAUGUUUAUGUAUUUUUUUUGUUACGCUUAAACUGCUUUGCGUAAAAGAAAAAAAAAGAACAGCCGUGGUCACUUUUGACCAUGCGUGCAGCGUAACGUAGACAUUUCACAUCACCUAUAGUUUGUGUUGAUAAGCCAACUGUUCUGUUGUCUGUGCAUCUGUCUGAUUGUCCGUCCCUUUUUUCAGGAGGAAUUUUCAACAAACAAAAAACAGGAAUAUUCUUUAUAUAUAUAUAUAUAUAUAUAUAUGUUGUUUCCUUUUUUUAUGAAAGAAGACUUUGAAAAAAAAAAUCACAAACAGGAAAAAAUAAUGCAACCGAAAUUGAAACACAAUCUUCUCAUACCUCGCAUAACACAAAACUCAAAACGGAACUUGGGAGGAGUGAUGAUUCACAGGCACAUGUGGAAGUGCGUAAAUGCAUUAAAAAGAGAACAUUGAGGUAUAUAUGUGCUUGUGGCGUGUACGCAUCUGUAGCGAUUACAAAAAGACUCAACCACAAGCCUUGGCGCUCGCUACCUAUUCAAUUGGUUCUAGGAAGAUUGUGGACACGACAUAAGUAAAGUCUCGCACCAUCAACAGGUGCUGAAAUGGAUUGCUGGCAGUUGGCCCCUCCCAGGUGUAUCCACCACCAUAGAUAGUGAAGUCAAAUGUGAAUGGCC